AUGGCCACCCAGGAGACUCCAGGCAACACGAACGACGCACCGAGGAGCGAGGAGACAUCCGCCCCUACUGCCACCGCUAUCCCCGAUUUCCUCCUCUCACCCAAUGCGAUCUUCAAAGACGAAGGCGUUGCCUGGAGAUAUGGCAAGGCCCCGGACUACAGCAAGACGCGCAAAGUCUGGGAAGAAGGUCAGUCUUCUUGCCUUCUUUCUUUCUUUCUUUCUCCUCUCUCGAAGAUCGCCUGGUUCAGGAGAGCCCUUGGAAGCCACAGCAUUACAUGUCACCGCAAUGCACCGAGUUGCCUUCUCCGCUUGCAAGUCUCGAAGCUCCAGACACAGCCAGAGGAAAACGGGACGAUGUAUUCUUGGAUGAGGCACCACAGAGCUCUCGGCCCAAAAAGAGAAAAAAAAAGGGGGUGGCGAUAAUACUAACAUUUUCGGCAUCAACAGGCAGGUCGAUGCAUCACGCGCCGGGCAGCAUGGAAGAGUUUGUCGAGAAUCUCGUCAAGAACUGGGAAGUCGAGGCGUCUUUCAAGCCCCGGCUGGCGGACUGGCGGACGAUCAAUCAUGAGAAAUACUCGUUCGCCAUGGCGGGGGGUCCUCCUCAGUAAGUUGUUAAAAAAAAGGACAAGACAAGUUACCUUUUUGUCCUGGAAAGAUUUCCCCAUCACGACGGAGACACAUACGUUGGCUGACGUGGAGGCUAGGUCUGCGGAGCAUAUGAUCAAGGUUAGUCGGUUGGUGGUUGAUUGGUUUUCGUUGUCAUCCUCAUAUAUGCAUGCAUGCCCUCGAUUGAUUUGAUCCCGUGGCAGUGGGCAUCCUCGCUGACGUGUUGCCGGGUGUGGUGGUGGUGGUGGUGUAGGUGGGCACGUACAACGGCAUCAUCGCGCCGAAUGAAUACUACAGCCCGGCGAACAGCGAUUUCGCCUCGUCGCACAAGACGUUCAAGCGCAUGAUGCCCACGUUCGCGUGGGAGGUGUUGGAGAUCUACAGCCCGCCGCCGCGGGUGGCUUUCCGGUGGCGACAUUGGGGCACGAUGAAGAAUGAUUAUGUCGGGUUCAAUGAGUAGGUGAUUGACUGACCCCACCGCCGUCGCCCUCCCUCCCUCAUCAUUGUUUUGGGACACGACGACGAGCAUGCCAGCGUUCUACGGGCGUCUUGGGCUAAUGCGGUUGCACAGCAAGGGCGAGAAAGUCACAGCCAAGGCCCACGGCGGGCAGAUUGAUAUCCAGGGCGUCACGGUGGCCUCGGUCGACGAGAAGUUUCGGCUCUGUGACCUGCAGACGUGGAUGGAUCCGCUGGAGAUGUUCCGACAGAUCGCGCCGCAGGGUGUUGUCAACAAGGAAGUCAUGAAUCGCAAGGUCGAUAUGGAGACCGCUCUGGACAUGGGACCCGACGGCAACGGGAAGGCCUCCUCCGUAGCGGGACAUGGCAAGGAGAAGGGCCAUCACAGUCCUGAUGCCGCACCGGAAGCUACUAUCAUUCAGGCCAAGCAUGAGUCGAACGCGACCGGUCUCGCUGCAGACGCCUAUAUCCCACAUCAAGGGACGAGCGCAGAUCGAAGCCAUGAGGGCCAUUCGGAUGAGAUGGACGUCCAGUUCCAUGAUGCACAAGAGUCUCAACAUCCCGCUGCGGCCAUCAUGUCCUGUCCGAGAACAGGCGCCCGCGCCAUCAUCGCGACAGCCGCCACGCACGGAGCGCAGGCGCCCGUUGUACAGCCUGCGUCCACGUAUCAAGAAGUGAAAGCCAGACUGCCAGCGGAUCAGCCAACGUCUAGUGAACACCAGCCAGAGCAGACGAGAUCCGACGACGACGACGACGACGACUACGACGACGACCACAAGCUACCCAGAUCCAUCUACACCUCGGCGGUGAACGGUAGGGAGGAGCCGAGCGCUGCUCCGCAGGCAGAGGACGUGGCGGUGGCUCGAGAUCUCGUCGACUCACAUGUGGAACAGGCCGCAGAGCAGGUCCAUCCUCAGCAGCCCAAGGAUGCCGAACAGCUCGUUCAGCCGGCCCCGGGCGAGGCGGUCGUCGCGGCUGCUUCGAGCGAGGAGACGCGUGCUACGCACGAGGAGAUGAGCCGGGUCACGCCGGGCGAGUGUCCGGUCUUGAUGAACCGCGAAUAA